UUGUUCUCACUCAUUUUCUCCUUAUUAUAAACCCUUCCCUUUACAGAUUUUCCAGGCAACUCUCUUAACUGACAGUUUUUUCUUUCUUUCUUUCUUUCACUAUGUCAUUUGUCGGAGACUCAAUGAAAUCGCCGGCGAAGCCAAUGACAACCGAUGACGACCUCCCAUUGUUUAACAAUUCCAAACAAAUGGAAGUCCAAAAAUACCCCAAAAAGCCCACGGUUUCUCCCACGCUAGCCGAACUCUUAAUGCACGUCGAUGACGCCCAGAAUUCUCCGGUCGACCACCGAGUCGUUGAGCUCGGCUAUGGGUGUGGUGCACUCCCGUCAUCCAACCCUUUUGUUCUUAGUUUUAAUAACUUGACAUACAGUGUUAAAGUUCGUAAAAAGAUGGGAUUGAUCCCGUUUUGUGGGAAGAAAGGCGAUGAGAUUGAUGCUAAUGCGGUUAAUACGAAGGUUUUGUUGAAUGAAAUCUCGGGUGAAGCUCGAGAAGGUGAAAUAAUGGCGGUUCUUGGUGCAAGUGGCUCUGGGAAAUCGACGUUGAUCGAUGCACUUGCGAAUCGUAUUGAUAAAGAUAGCUUAAAGGGCACUUUAACUUUGAAUGGUGAAGUUUUGGAGUCGAGGCUUUUGAGGGUGAUUUCGGCUUAUGUCAUGCAAGAUGAUCUUCUUUUUCCGAUGCUCACCGUUGAAGAGACGCUGAUGUUUUCAGCCGAGUUCCGGCUUCCGAGGUCGCUUUCGAAGACGAAGAAGAAGGCUAGAGUGCAAGCUUUGAUCGAUCAGCUCGGGUUGAGAAGCGCAGCUAAGACGGUGAUUGGGGACGAAGGGCACCGAGGUGUUUCCGGAGGAGAACGAAGGCGGGUUUCGAUCGGGAUCGACAUAAUCCAUGACCCCAUCGUCUUGUUUCUCGAUGAACCAACUUCGGGUUUGGACUCCACCAGCGCGUUCAUGGUGGUUAAGGUCUUACAACGAAUUGCUCAAAGUGGAAGCAUUGUUAUCAUGUCGAUUCAUCAGCCGAGUUACAGGAUUUUGAACUUGCUUGAUCGCUUGAUUUUCCUUUCGCAUGGAAACACUGUUUAUGGUGGAUCGCCGGAGAUGCUACCAUCUUUCUUUUCCGAAUUCGGGCAUCCGAUACCGGAUAACGAAAAUAAGACCGAGUUCGCUCUUGACCUGAUUCGCGAGCUCGAAGAAACUCCAGGUGGAACCAAAGGAUUAGUUGAAUUCAACAAGUCAUGGCAGGCUAGAAAGAAUCAAAGAAACGGAUUCUCCAUGAAAUCAAAUCUUUCACUCAAAGAUGCAAUCAGUGCAAGCAUUUCUAAAGGAAAACUAGUCUCCGGUGCAACAAACGAUUCCAAUUUAACAUCUUCGGUGCCUACUUUUGCAAAUCCACUUUGGAUCGAAAUGAUAGUUAUCGCAAAAAGAUCGAUGUUGAACUCGAGAAGAACGCCUGAACUGUUCGGGAUUCGAUUAGGUGCGGUUGUCGUCACCGGGAUAAUCUUAGCCACCAUGUUUUGGAAGCUAGACAAUUCACCAAAGGGCGUCCAAGAACGUUUAGGCUUCUUCGCUUUCGCCAUGUCGACGACGUUCUACACAUGCGCCGAAGCAAUCCCGGUUUUCCUCCAAGAACGCUACAUUUUCAUGAGAGAAACAGCUUACAAUGCUUAUCGCCGAUCGUCAUACGUUUUGGCUCACUCUCUAAUCUCCAUCCCAUCUCUCAUCAUCCUCUCCAUGGCCUUCGCCGCAAUAACCUUUUGGGCGGUCGGACUUGCAGGCGGCCUUUCCGGUUUCUUCUUCUUUUUCUUUACAAUCUUAGCCUCCUUCUGGGCCGGAAACUCGUUCGUAACGUUCCUGUCGGGCGUCGUCUCCCAUGUUAUGUUAGGCUUCACGGUCGUCGUCGCCAUCUUAGCCUAUUUCCUGUUAUUCAGUGGAUUCUUCAUUUCUCGAGAUCGAAUACCCGUAUACUGGAUCUGGUUCCAUUACAUCUCUUUAGUUAAAUACCCUUACGAAGCUGUUCUGCAAAACGAGUUCGACGAUCCCACUAAAUGCUUCGUCCGAGGGGUUCAAUUGUUCGACAACACACCUCUGGGGUCGGUGCCGUCGUCUCUGAAACUGAGGCUGUUGCAAAGCAUGAGCGGCGUGUUGGGUGUUAACAUCACCGGCUCCACCUGUGUGACGACCGGCAAAGAUCUUUUGGUGCAGCAAGGUGUAACCGACAUAAGCAAAUGGAAUUGUUUGUGGAUCAUCAUUGCAUGGGGAUUUUUCUUCAGGAUUUUGUUUUACUUCGCAUUGUUGCUUGGGAGCAAGAACAAGAGAAAAUGAAAGCUCUGGUUCUUCAAACACUCAGAAGAAGAUGUUGUGGCCGCUUUCUUUAUAGUUCAAGUUUAAAUAUUUGUCUAAUUUCACUGUAAAACAUACUUCAUUUUUCUCAAGUAUAUUUGCAUGCCACAUCAUUAUACA